ACUUUAUGAUAUGUGAAAGUCGGAUAGAGAGUGCGUUUUCCAGUACAAUCUGUACCAGCAGAGGCCGAAUUGAUGCGAGUUGCGCAUGCGUUCCAGUGGGUGGUUUCUGUUUACAGCAGCGGGUCUACGCUGUGUGAGUGUGUGUGAAUGUAAUCAACAAAACAGUUUCUGGAAUAAAAAGAUUAAUAAAAAAACUGGAAACAGGUGCUUUUAGUAACUAAACCUCAUUCAUGAGCUGCGAUUGGUUUAGCAGCCAUGGAUGACAAGGCCUCAGUUGGGAAAAUUAGCAUUUCUUCAGACUCGGUUUCCACACUAAACAGUGAGGAUUUUGUCUUGGUUUGCCACCAAGAGGACGAAACACCGUCUUCAAAUAAUGGUAGUGAUGAUGAAAAAACAGGACUGAAGGUUUUUGCUGAAGAAGGUGUCAGCUUUAAGAUCGUGGGGAACGGGAGUGAGCAGGAGCUGCAGAAGGAGCUGGAGGAUGUGCUGAUGGAUCCCUCGGUGGCAGACCAGGCAGGCAGCGGGGAUCAUGGGGAGAAAGGGCUGGCAGCAGUGGAGAGGGAGGUGGCUCCCACUCAUAAGGUGCCCAUCUCCGUUGCCCCGACACAAGCUGGUCCCGGGCCGAUGGCCGCCCUACCGAAACUCGACAUGGUCCUACCUGUCAAACCUGCACAGGACGAUGAUUCUUCAGAAUCGAAUCCCACAACCCCAGUUCCAGAUGAGGACAGUGUUGUGUUCAGCAAGCUGACGUACCUGGGCUGUGCUUCAGUUAACGCACCUCGCAGCGAAGUGGAGGCCCUGCGGAUGAUCUCCAUUUUGCGAAGCCAGUGUCAGGGGCCUUUAGACGUGACUCUGUCAGUGCCUAACGUCUCGGAGGGAACUGUAAGGUUAUUAGAUCCCCAAACAAAUACAGAAAUAGCAAACUAUCCCAUAUACAAGAUUCUUUUCUGUGUGAGAGGGCACGAUGGGACCCUAGAAUGGGACUGCUUUGCAUUUACUGAAAGCCACUACAAUGCAGACAUCUUCCGAAUUCACGUCUUCCGAUGUGAAAUCCAUGAAGCGGUUAGCCGGAUCUUGUACAGUUUUGCCACAGCCUUUCGUCGUUCUGCAAACAAAACUGCGCUUUCAGCAAUUCCACCCCCACUGACUCCAGACAGCGACGUUUUCACCUUCACUGUGUCUUUAGAAAUCAAGGAGGAUGAUGGGAAAGGUUCUUUCAGCGCAGUCUUAAAAGACAAAGAUAAACAGAGCUUCAAGCUCCGUCCAGGAAUAGACAAGAAAAUUGUCAUUUAUGUUCAGCAAACAUCAAAUAAGGAGCUUGCAAUAGAAAGGUGCUUUGGACUUCUCCUCAGUCCUGGCAAAGAUGUACGCAACAGUGACAUGCAUUUGCUGGAUCUGGAAUCAAUGGGUAAAAGCUCAGAUGGGAAGUCUUAUGUCAUCACAGGGAGGUGGAAUCCUAACACACCACAGUUCCAAGCUGUUAAUGAAGAAACACCAAAAGAUAAAUUGGUGUACAUGACGACAGCAGUUGAUCUGAUUAUCACUGAGUUGGAAGAGCCUGUCCGAUUUCUCUUGGAGACCAAAGUGCGAGUUUGCUCCCCUAAUGAGCGAAUGUUCUGGCCUUUUAGCAAGAGAAGUUACACUGAAACCUUCUACCUAAAACUAAAACAGAUGGAACGGAAGGAAAGGAAGAGCAACACCGACACUCUGUAUGAAGUUGUGAGCUUAGAGAGUGAUACAGAAAGGGAGCGGAAAAAAACAACAGCCAGUCCUUCUAUCCGGCUCACCCAGUCUGGCUCCCAGAGCUCCAUGAUCCCUUCCCCACCCGAUGAUGAUGAAGAGGAAGAUAACGAUGAACCUUUACUGAGUGGUUCUGGAGACGUGUCAAAGGAGUGUGCGGAGAAGAUACUUGAAACGUGGGGGGACCUGCUGUCAAAAUGGCAUCUCAACCUGAGUGUCAGGCCAAAGCCGCUCCCAGCCCUGGUGAGGAGUGGAGUCCCAGAGGCGCUGAGGGGAGAGGUCUGGCAGCUCCUGGCUGGCUGCCACACCAAUGACCACCAGGUCGAGGAAUACAGGACCCUCAUCACCAAGGAGUCUCCCCAAGACAGUGCCAUCACCAGAGACAUCAACCGAACAUUCCCGGCUCACGAUUACUUCAAAGACACUGGAGGGGAUGGCCAGGACUCUUUGUACAAAAUAUGCAAGGCAUAUUCUGUAUACGAUGAAGAAAUUGGUUACUGUCAAGGCCAGUCUUUUCUUGCUGCUGUGCUCUUACUGCAUAUGCCUGAAGAGCAGGCAUUCAGUGUUCUGGUCAAGAUUAUGUUUGAUUAUGGACUCAGGGAACUUUUCAAACAAAAUUUUGAAGAUUUGCACUGCAAAUUCUUUCAGCUGGAGAAACUCAUGCAGGAGUACAUUCCAGACCUGUACAAUCACUUCUUGAAUAUCAGCCUUGAAGCGCACAUGUAUGCCUCUCAAUGGUUCCUCACUCUCUUCACUGCUAAAUUCCCUCUCUACAUGGUCUUCCACAUCAUCGACUUCCUGCUUUGUGAGGGGAUAAGUGUGAUCUUCAAUGUAGCACUUGCAUUACUGAAAACUUCAAGAGAUGAUCUGCUGUUGACGGACUUCGAAGGAGCGUUAAAGUUCUUCCGCGUUCCAGUCCCCAAAAGAUACCGCUCCGAGGAGAAUGCCAAAAAGCUGAUGGAGCUGGCCUGCAGCAUGAAGAUCAGCCAGAAGAAGCUGAAGAAAUAUGAGAAGGAGUACCAUGCCCUGAGGGAACAGCAGGCCCAGCAGGAGGCUCCGAUCGAGAGAUACGAGAGGGAGAACAGACGCCUGCAGGAGGCAAACAUGAGACUAGAACAGGAAAAUGACGACCUAGCACAUGAACUGGUAACCAGCAAGAUAGCGCUGAGACAGGACUUGGAUAAUGCUGAGGAGAAAUCAGACGCCCUCAAUAAGGAGCUACUGAUGACCAAACAGAAAUUAGUGGAUUCCGAGGAUGAAAAGAGGAGACUGGAAGAGGAAUCCGCUCAGCUUAAAGAAAUGUGCCGAAGAGAAAUGGACAAGGCAGAAUCAGAAAUCAAGAAGAAUGGAUCCAUUAUCGUGGAGUACAAGCAGAUCUGUUCACAGCUCAGCGAGAGGCUGGAGAAGCAGCAGACAGCAAGUAAAGGAGAAUUGGAAAAAAUCUGGCUAAAAGUGGAGGGCUGUGAGAAGUGUGGUGAGCUGUUCAGUAAAGAAGGCAGCCUGCGGGUGGUGAGCGUGGCGAAGGAGGGCUCCGAGGAGGAGCUGGAUGAGGAGAAGGAGUCGCUGAAGAACCAGUUGAGAGAGAUGGAGCUCGAGCUGGCCCAGACCAAACUGCAGCUAGUCGAGGCAGAGUGCAAGAUACAGGACUUGGAGCACCAUUUGGGUCUGGCUAUAAAUGAAGUCCAAGCAGCAAAGAAGACCUGGUUUAACAGAACGAUGAGCUCUAUCAAAACCGUGACUGGUGCCCAGGGAAAGGAGACGUCUUAAUGAAGCAGGAAACACACGUGACUGAACAGAGAACAGAUUCUGCUGCCUUCCUCGGACAGAUGUCUUUCCUUCUGUAAAGUGCUACGGGAAUGUACUGUGUAAACAAUUUCUUAAGGUCCAUGCUAAUUGGGUGAGAGCAUCCAAAAAAUUAAUUAAAAAAAAAAAAAAAAAAAAAA